AUGCCUCUUACUGGUCACUGUCUCUGUGGUGCGGUCACUUAUACCGCAAACGUGGAUGCUCCCCUCGUCACCGCUUACGAUCACUGUGACGAUUGCCAGCGUCAGACUGGCUCAACCUAUUCUCUGGUCACUGUUGUCCCCAAGGAUACAUUGACCAUCAAAGGCCCCACCAAGAGCUGGGCUGGCAAAGGUUCCUCAGGCCUCGAUGUUCACCGGAUCUUUUGCUCCGAGUGUGGUUCACCCAUUGCUCACGAUCCUGAUGCUGCCCCUGAGAUCAUCGCUCUGAAGGCCGGAACUCUGGAUUCCGAGAUCAAGAAGACUCUCAAGCCGGACACCGAGAUCUGGACUGUUGGCAAGCUUCCUUUCUGUCAAGAGCAUCUAGCUCAUCCUUUUGAGCACAUGCCUCAGUAG